AUGAGAUAUAGAUAUGAGUGGUGGGAGAAACAAAGGGAUACAUUCAGUUGCUUUGAUUUGAAUUACAAAGAUGGUGAGAUAUGGACAUUUAGCGUUCGAGCUUAUAAUUCGCCUCGCCAAGAACACACUAUCAAUGUGAACUACGGUGGCUUUGCUGAAGAUGUGACUAUUGGGGAUGAACUUCUAGUUGACGGUGGAAUGGUGAGGUUUGAGGUAAUUGAAAUAAUUGGUCCAGAUGUCAAGUGUCGAUGUACUGAUCCCGGACUUCUGUUACCUCGGGCUAAUCUGACUUUUUGGCGCAAUGGGAGCUUAGUAACGGAACGUAAUGCCAUGCUCCCAACAAUUUCGUCCAAGGAUUGGUUGGACAUUGAUUUUGGGAUUGCAGAAGGUGUUGAUUUUAUAGCAAUAUCUUUUGUCAAGUCUGCUGAAGUGAUUAACCAUCUCAAAAGCUAUAUUACAGCACGGGCUCAUGAUGGUGAUGUUGCUGUUAUUGCAAAAAUAGAGAGUAUUGACUCAUUGAAGAACUUGGAGGAGAUCAUUCAAGCAUCAGACGGAUCCAUGGUAGCAAGAGGAGAUCUGGGUGCUCAGAUCCCAUUGGAACAGGUCCCAUCUGAGCAGCAAAGGAUUGUUCAGCUGUGCAGGCAACUAAAUAAGCCUGUUAUUGUUGCCUCUCAGCUGCUUGAAUCUAUGAUUGAAUACCCUACACCCACUAGAGCCGAAGUGGCUGAUGUUUCUGAAGUAGUCAGAGAACGAGCAGAUGCUUUAAUGCUUUCUGGUGAGUCAGCCAUGGGCCAAUUUCCUGAGAAGGCCUUAACUGUUUUAAGAAGUGUAAGUUUGAGAAUUGAGAAGUGGUGGAGGGAACAGAAACAUCAUGAAGUUAUGGAACUCCCAGGCAUAGCAUCUUCAUUCACAGACAGUAUCUCAGAAGAGAUCUGCAACUCUGCUGCCAAAAUGGCAAACAAUUUAGAGGUGGACGCUCUCUUUGUUUACACAAAGAAUGGGCAUAUGGCAUCUCUCCUUUCCCGGUGCCGACCUGACUGCCCAAUUUUUGCUUUUACAACCACGACUUCUGUGCGCAGACGUCUGAACCUACAGUGGGGAUUGAUACCCUUCCGCCUAAGCUUCUCUGACGAUAUGGAAAGCAACCUUAAUAAAACUUUCUCCUUGCUUAAGGCCAGAGGAAUGAUAAAAUCAGGUGAUCUGGUCAUUGCUGUCUCUGAUAUGUUGCAAUCCAUUCAAGUUAUGAACGUUCCAUGAAAGCAGAGAUAGAUUCUCGUCACAGGCAUUGCUUGGAUCGCGCUAGAUAAUGUUAUUGGUUGAGUUACUGUUCGGCGUCCAAUUUCUCCUAAAAUUAAGUUAAUUCUAGAAAAUAAAAGAGCACUUUUCUCAACUUGAAGACUUGACUUGAUCUUCGAUUCAGUGAUUGCAUCUCAACCUGCAGUCGGACAAUAGGAACGCAGAAGGCAAGCAUGCAAUUUUCUCUUUGUUGUUUCAAAUUUAUCAGUUGCCGUAGUUUGUGUACUUUGGCAUUCCUUAUUCAAGUAGAAAUUUGUGUUUUUACAUAGAAGUGUCAUCAAGGAUAAGGAGAAAAUUUCUUUAAGCUACUUUCAAUGUUACAAAUACAAUUUACAUAGUCCAUUCCAAU